AUGAAAAAGCUUAGUUUGCCAAGCUCAAUUAAUUCACCUUUACCAACAAGCUUGAAAGGUGAAUAUCCUGGCCAAGGUCUUGAUAUUGUUAUCCCAUCUACAAUUCUUGAUAAAGCGCAAGGUUUAGCCAUUUUUACUGUUUUAAAAGCUGGUUUCUUAUUUUCUGGAAGAGUGGGUAGUGGUUUAGUUGUUGCAAGAUUACCUGAUGGAUCCUGGUCUGCUCCAUCUGCUAUCAUUACAGGUGGUAUGGGCGCAGGUGGUCAGAUAGGCGCUGAAUUAACGGAUUUUGUUCUGGUUUUAAAUACGAAGGAAGCUGUCAAAACAUUUAGUCAUUUUGGUAACAUAACCUUAGGUGGAAAUGUGUCAAUUGCUGCUGGUCCUAUUGGACGUAAUGCAGAAGCAUCUGGAUCAGCUACACUUAAACAUAUUGCUGCUGUUUAUUCGUAUAGUAAAACUCGUGGAUUAUUUGCAGGCAUAUCUUUGGAAGGCUCCGUAAUAUUUACUCGCAAUGAUGCAAAUGAAAAGCUUUAUGGUCAACGUUAUUCAGCUAAAGAACUUUUAAAUGGCACAGUGCCUCCUCCUCACGAAGCUGAUGCACUCUAUAGAGCUUUAAAUGCCAAAUUUCAUUCAUUAGGUAGUACUGGUAUUAUGUAUCAACGUACAAUAAAUCAAAAUGAAAAUGAACGCCUAUAUAGAAACACGUCCAUAUCUGCACCGGGUACUUUACGUAUCCCUCCUGCACGUCAGGUUGUAGGUAGUUAUGGUGCUCCUAAUAUUAAUCCUAGUAAUACUACAGUAAUACCACCACCAAUGAAAGAGCAAUCAAUCUAUAAUACUCCUCCUUCAUCUAAUUAUACAUCACCACAGCCAUCUUUUGCACAGCUUUCAUCUUCAUAUUCACCUAGUUUGCAAAAAUCUAACUCUCAUCGAGCUGUUCCACCUCCACCUCCAAGUCAAGCUUCAAAACCCCAAAGAGCAAGAGCAUUAUAUCAAUUUAUAGCUGAACAAAAAGGUGAUUUAAGUUUCCAACAAGGCGAUAUUAUAGUCAUUACAAAUAAAACGGAUAAUCAAAAUGAUUGGUGGACCGGUAAACUUUGCACUACUGGUCAAAUAGGUUCAUUUCCUGCAAAUUAUGUUGAGCUGAUAUAGAACUGAUGAUUACAUAAUAACACAUGUUUUCAAUGUAGUACUAUGUACUACAACUUUGCGGAGAAAUGAUCAAAUAGAAUUAUAAACAGAGCAU